UACUAUCCAGGAAAAGGAUGGUGAUCUACGACAUUUACAAAAACAACUUUCUGACAUGGCUCGAGAUAAACACACUGAAAUCGUCAAAUUGAGACUUGAGUACGAUGCCAAACUGCUAAAGCUACAAAAAUCCAGCGCGGCUAAAACUCAAAGUGCUCCAUCUUCACAUUUCAAUAGCGACAUUUUCCGAAAGAAACUCCAAGCUGCAAAAUCUGAAUCCGAAAGGGAAAUUGCUGCAUUGAAGGAAAGAAUAGCUCAAUUGGAAAGACAACUGUCCAUGGCAUCACAGACUCAGCAUGAUUUUAGAUCAAGUAGCCUCUCUCUUAAGAGAAGACGCUUCAACCAAAAUUGAUGAGUGACGAGAUGCAGAAGGACUUUUUUAAAUUCAU